AUGUCGUCCUCAACCACCGCCCCCGACGCCUCGUACACGGCCAUGGACAAAGACGUCGAAGCCAUCGGCGCCCACUGCGAGUUCGCCUACUGCCACCAACUCGAUUUCCUCCCCUUCCGCUGCGACUCGUGCCACCACACCUUCUGUCUCGACCACCGAACGGAAACCGCACACAAAUGCACGCACGCAGGGGAAUGGGCCAAGAACAGACGCCUGAACAGCGUCGGCAGAACCACCACCACCACCACUGCAGCAGCCUCGCAAGGCAAACCCAGCCUCACCAACGCAACGCAAUGUUCCGAGCCAGCAUGCAAAACCUUCGUCAACACGUCCCAGAACCUGGGCGUCCACUGCCAACAGUGCAACAGGACGUAUUGCCUGAAACAUCGCAUGGGCGAGGAUCACGACUGCAAGAACCUGGUCCCACUGGGCGCGCGGCCGCUCGACGUGGCCCUGCAGAGCAACAAAGACAAGAUCAAGCUCGGCUUCGGCCGGUUAAAGUCGUGGGGCAAGGAACGGCAGGAAGCCCUGACGCCCAAGCCGAAACCGUCGAGCAGGGCCGCGCAGCUGGCGUCUCUCAAUGCGCUAAAGAAGUCCGCCAAGGGCGACGACAAAUUACCGGCGGAAAAGCGCGUAUACCUGCACGUCGAGGCCGAAGCGGCGUCCACGACGGCCAAGCUGCCCAAGGCCGACUUGUUCUUCUCGAGCGAGUGGUCGAUUGGCAGAAUGCUGGACGAGGCCGCCAAGAGGCUCCAAGUCGCCAACGUGAAUAACCGGGUGGAGACGGAGGAACAGAGACUACGCAUGUACUUUGUCGAAGGAGGACGCUUGCUGGAGUUUAGCGAGAAAGUGGGCAGCGCGUUAGCGAGCGGCAAUACGGUUGUCUUGCUCAGAGGGGUUGGCCCGAAGCAAGCGAAGUGA